AUGCCCAGCGAGAUGAUCCCCCAGCCAAGCAACUUUGCGCUCGAGCGCGUCAAGCCCAAGAAUGAGAGCCGCAGAGUCAUCAUCAGCAAUCUUCCAUCUGGUGUCAGCAUCGCCCAGGUUCUGAGGGGCGUCCGCGGCUUCGGUCCUGUCGUCAAGGUCUUUCUCAUCGACACGGCCAAGAUCGAAGGCCAAGGCACCAAGUCUGCCAGCAUUGAGUUCGUGUCUUCCAACUCUGCCGCAGCCUUCGCUUUCUCGGCCAAGUCGGACUUUUUUAUUGAGUAUGAGGACAACCAAACCCGCCGCACUGCUGACGUGUGGCUCGUCCCUGGCCGAACCCAAGGGGCCAAAUUCACUUCGGAAUCUGAAAAUGUCACUCGUUGCUUCAAAAUCGACAACUUCCCAGUUCACGCUGUCUGGUUCUUCAUUUGCGCCAUGGGCGGCGAGAAAGCAAUCGUACAUGCUGCCUACAAUCACAAGUGCGGAUCCGAGGCGCUCACUGUUGAGUUCGUCUCCUUAGCUCAUUCGACUCAAGCUUACCAGUGGCUCCAAAACAAGGAGUUUCCAUUCUAUGCUCCCUCCCCUGGAUCUCUCCAUUGGAUCGCAGAGGAUGAAACACGAUUGGGCUUGCCAAGCCCGAAUACUUCAUGCCACUCUCCCGAUGAUUCUUCCAAUUCAUUCUACAUUCCCACUUCUGAAUCAAUCGAUUGUUUCGCAGAGGAGUUCGCAGAGGAUGAGUUCGCAGAGGAUGAAACGGAAUCAGACUUGCCAAGCCCGAACACUGGCUGUCGCACUCCUCCCGAUUAUUCUCCCAGGCGCCAAUUCGUAGCAUAUAUUGCGCCGGAUCAGAUUACAAUCUCAUUUGACAAGGUCCCAUACAACGAGGACUGGCCGGACAUUGAGCAUCCCAUCAUGAGCUUGUACCAUCUCGAACCUCGUAGCAGAGAGGAGAUGGAAGAGGCGUGCAGGCAAGAGGUAGAGCUGAUGGCCGAGAACCUCACUUUGCGCCGCAGGGGUUGGAGUUGGCAGGCCACCUACGGGGGCUCGUGCAGACGGACCUCCUUCUGCUGGGAUACCAUCAUCUCAUCAAUGAGCAGCCCGCGACUGGAGGGCACCUGGAAGGUUUACUUCAGCGAACACCAAGAUUCCACCAUCGACCUGCAGAAAUGGGGGCACUACGCCCGCCUCGCUCAACACCGGCGGGAGCUGUGCGCGCAGCAGGGUUUGCCUGACGGGCAAAUCCCGAAGUGUCCUGCUGACUGCAAGUUUGGGUGUGUGGGAAUCAAGAUGACUCCCGUCUCCGAAGUGAUUCAACACUUCUUCGAAAAGGAAUGGAACUAG